GUCCAUCCCUAUUUCCUACAGCUUUUCUAAUAAUUUUGCAAGAGAAGAAACUUCAUCUUCCUCACAUGAGUAGUGCAUUCUCCAAAGAAUGCAUCUCAUAGCCUUCAAAGUCUCGAGGCUAAACUCUUGAGCAAGUUUGUAAAUAUUUUCUUCAUCAAAACACAAGAAAGAACGGUUAGAAUCUAGUGCCCCACUCAAUUGAGGCAAUCUAAAUGAUGACUCAGCAAGUUUGUAAAUAUUUCUUAAUCAAAAGAAUGGAAAGAAAACCAGCUCGAUGGACUGGCAUAGAAAUCCAUUUUGGGUCUGCUCGUCUCCUCGUUCUUGUUUUGUUUUGGGGGAUUGGAAAUUUUUUUGAAAUUUUGCAAGGAAGGGUGUGCUUUAGUUUAGAGUUUUUUUAUUUUAUUUUAAUGAAACUUUACACUUUUAGGUUUUCAUGUCAUUUUCCAAAUAAAAUCAUUGGGGCUAUAGAAAAUUUUAUAUAAAUUCAGAGUAAUGGUUUGGAUAUGUUCAUCUGAACCAUUUUUCUAGUUACACAAAAUCCUAUUAUCAAAUAAAACUAGAAAGAAUUUUAAAUAGCACUGAACCAAAUACCUAAAUCAUUUUAUAAACACUAAACUAACUCUGGAUCCGGAGGAGGGCUGGGCCGGGGCCUGGGUUAGCCCAGCCCUGGAUCCGCCACUGAUUUUGACAGAACCUUCACCAACCCAACCCAACCCACAAAUUUUAUCUAAUUUGAUCGAAUCAAACUGGUUUAUUUGUGUGUACCCACAAAUCUAGAUUCAGUUUUCAUCUUACACACCACCCCAAACAGUAAUCUUUAGAAAAACUAUUUCUCUUGAUUGACAUCAUGCAACCAACCCACCGGCCAGCCACCAGCCGCAGAAUGCUUCUCCAAAACUCAUUGACAUUUUUUUUUUUUGUUGAACUCAAAGCGCUACACACACCCAGCGUUUACACGGCGUUGUUGUUCAUCGUUUUGGUCAACCAAGUUCACAAAUGACGCGACGCUGCCAAAUAGACCACCACCCCAAUAAAUAAAUAAUAAAACAAAUCAUUACUUUUUUCCUCCAAAUUAAAAAAAUUAUAAAUAAAUAAAUAAAAACCCCACAACGCGAGCGAGUACACGCCUCUCUUUUUGGUUUUUUCCUUUUGUUUUCUAAUAAAUAAAUUAAAAAAAGGGAAGGAAAAAAAAAAAAAAAAAAAAGCCCCUCCGUCCGCGGUUCUGCUCCUCGGGUCCUGCCCCGACCCGACCCUCUCUCACCGCGUUAAACCCAAUCCAAAAAAGUCAAGUCACCGUCAAAAGCAGCACCAACGCGUUCACACUCCCGCACACGUUUCAAUUUCCCUUCCUUUCCUUCAUCCCCAUCUUCAUUUCAUUCAUCCUCCUUCUUCUACCUUCCUCUCCAUUUUCGUCCCCUCCUUCUUUCCUUCCUUCCACCACACCCUAUAUAUUAUUCAUGGACUUUCUCCUACCAAUCUCCAAUUCCCAUUUCUCCUCUUCCUCUGCCGCUCUACUACGUUUGAACGCUCCCCCUGCUUUCACACCUGUCUUUCUUCUUUGAAGCAUUUCGUCGAACACUUUUCUGACCCCCCCUUUCCCUUUCCUUCUUCAGUGGGUGGGUCGGUCUGUUUGUAUGGAAAUAUCCUCGUUCCCAUUUCUCAACCCGGAAGAGAUUUCACACUUCUACACCCUGUUCCAGGAGAUGGACAAUAAUAAUAACUUCAACUUCGCUGGAGGACCCGACAGCAGCGGUAGUUACGGAGGAGACGGCAGCGGGAGCGGUGGUGGGUUUAACAACGGAGCGAAUAGUGGUGGUGUAAAUACCAACAGUAAGAAGCGGAGGAGGAAGGAAGCUGGCGGCGGUGAAGACGAGAGUAAGCUGAAGAAGACGAAUGCGGUGAAGGAUGUUCUCAGCUCGCUUGUGCUAUUGGACGAGGAGGAGAAGCAGGAGCAGAAUCAGUGGGUUGUGGAGUCGCAGCACGAUAAGGCCUUGUUCGAUUCCAAUCACGAUCAGAAGGUGCGAGUUAUGAAUGAAUUCAGUUCGGAUAUGCAGACCCAUUUCUCCAAUUUGGAUGAUUUGGACCAAUCCAGGGCCAGGAGCUCCCGCCGCUCUGCUUCCGCCGUCGUCGUCGCUGCCGCGUCCGCCGCGGCUGCGGUGGCGGGUUCGGGGGAUUCGGUUCAGAGUGGUGGUGCGGGAGGUGGGUCGACGAGCGCCACGCCGCCGCAGCAGCGGCGGUUGUGGGUCAAGGACAGAUCAAAGGACUGGUGGGAUCGGUGUAACCAUCCCGAUUUCCCCGAGGAGGAGUUCAAGAAGGCGUUUCGGAUGAGCAAGGCGACGUUCGACAUGAUCUGCGAGGAGCUGGAUUCCGCGGUGAUGAAGAAGAACACAAUGCUGCGGGACGCCAUCCCGGUCCGCCAGCGGGUUGCGGUGUGUAUUUGGAGGCUGGCGACAGGGGAGCCACUCCGAAUUGUGUCCAAGAAGUUCGGAUUGGGGAUAUCGACUUGCCACAAGCUGGUUCUCGAGGUGUGCUCGGCAAUCAGGACGGUGUUGAUGCCCAAGUUCCUCCAAUGGCCGGACGAGGAGAAGAUGAGAGGGAUCAAGGGGGAGUACGAAUCAAUGUCGGGGAUACCGAAUGUUGGUGGGUCGAUGUACACAACCCACAUCCCAAUCAUCGCACCCAAGAUCAGUGUCGCUGCUUACUUCAACAAGAGGCACACCGAGAGGAAUCAGAAGACUUCGUACUCGAUCACGGUUCAAGGAGUAGUGGAUCCCAGAGGUGUGUUCACUGAUGUUUGCAUUGGCUGGCCUGGUUCGAUGCCAGAUGACCAGGUACUGGAAAAAUCAGCACUUUACCAGAGAGCCAGCAGGGAUUUACUGAAAGAUGUCUGGAUCGUGGGGACUUGUGGCUACCCUUUGAUGGACUGGGUUCUGGUGCCCUACACUCACCAGAACCUGACAUGGCCGCAGAACGCUUUCAACGAGAAGAUUGGGGAGAUUCAAGGCGUCGCGAAAGAUGCAUUCGCCAGGCUGAAAGGGAGGUGGUCUUGCCUGCAGAAGAGAACGGAGGUGAAGCUACAGGACCUGCCUGUUGUGCUUGGUGCUUGCUGUGUGCUCCACAACAUCUGCGAGAUGAGGAACGAGGUGAUCGAGCCUGAACUCAAGUUCGAUAUUUUCGACGAUGAGAUGAUACCGGAGAACAGCCUCAGAUCAGCUGGUGCGGCUCAGGCUAGGGAUCACAUUGCUCACAACCUCUUGCAUCAUGGCCUUGCUGGAACUUCUUUCCUAUAGGUUUUUACCUUUUCAGUUCCUGAUUCCAUACAAGAAAGUUAACAGCUUUUUUACUUGUUUUGUUUUCCCUUUUUUCGGAUUGCAAGGAAGGCUCUAUACUUGUAGUGUUAGGUGGCUUUGCUGAGUUGGUUGUAUUCUUCUAUACACAGACAGUGUAGUGUCAUUCUUUUGAUGGGACCUUGUACUAUAAUAUACCCGGUUUACCCGUCUGCAAAAUAAGAACAUAGUAUCUCAGUUUUCUGCUCCAAAUUAUACUGUUACACAAAAUGCAGCAGCAUUCGAGUCUACCUCUACACAAUCGACAGGAGAUUACCAUCGCGGAGAUACUAGUCUCUUUCGUCGAUUAAAUUACGUAUCAGCGAUCAAGUCGAUAUGACGAUAUGAUCUGAUCAUGAAUUUGUGAGCAUUUUGUUUCCUUUUCUGGGUUGGUUGUGUACAGUUGGUUGCAAGUCAGCUGCUACUGCGAUGGAUACUGGUUGUUAAUUGUCAUAUAUAAGAGCUAUAUAUUAAAGGUUGCUGUUGCUUUCUCAUCUGUUGCAAUCUCCCUGUCUAUUUCCCAAACGGGGGAAACACAAUGGUUAACUAUUUUUUAUAUGUAAAAAUCUGUUAGAUUAGAUACAUCCCGCCGGGUUUUGAUUGAUUGUUUCAUCAACAUUAUUGUCAAGAAUCUGGCUUGACAAAAUGAAACCAAAUCUUGUAUAAACAAAGAUUAGGUUUAGAGAGACAUCAGCACUCACGUAAUGCUUAUGUGUUCAGUUCAGCAACAGGCAUGUUGACAACUUACAAGAUAAUAUGUACCCCAUUCUCACCGAGUCACUCGUACAUUUCAAUCAUCACUUUCUUUCUUACUACUAAUUACUUUCUUUCCAAUUAUUCUACUAAUUAUUAGGACCCCAAACUAUCUUAAUGAUCUAAUUAUCCAAACAUAAUGUAAUUACGCUACGUAUAUAAAUGACUAAUAACUACUUUAAUAAUUUUUCAUCAUUCCCAUCCACUCUAAAGCUAUCUUGCCGUCAAGGUUGAACAACCCUGCCUACUCAACCAGCUAAUGCAUCUAUCCUCUUCCAUUUCAUCCUCAAAUGUGCCUACAAGCACCAUAAGGUGGUGAACAUUGUCGCAACACUGGCUAACAACGAACUGCUUCUCACAGGUGUAACAUUUGCCAUCCCAACACUUUCUCUCCAUCUUCAUCAGAGUCAGUCGAAUGAGUCCCCCAGGUGAAAGUUGUGCCCCCCUCCCCCGGCCCCUUUAGGCCGAUGGUGGAGCCAUCGGUGCCACUAUUGGAGUUUUUGUAGAACACGUGUAGCACACAAAUAAUCUUAUAAAAGCAGAUAAUAAACACGUUUAAUUAUGACUAGUAGUCUCGACUUGCAUAUUGGCCUUGACUUGUUGUUUGAGCCCAAGUAUUCUACACGAUGGCUUUUUUGCCCCUUAUCAAGUCGUCUUCAACCUUCAAGGAAGUGUUCUUGUUGAGAAGCAAACACACAAUAGAAAAGAGUAGGGAGAGAGACAUGUACACAUGAUGUUUUGUUAAUAUAUUUCGGCCUAUUGCUUUACGUCUCGGCUCAAAAGCGAAUUAUCCUUUCAGACCUAGUGUGUAGGUUUUUAUCUUAUUCCAAUCUAACUCCAAGUUGAGUCGCUUUGGGUGGAACUCAGACCCUUGACAAGAAUAUAACAAUAUACUCCUUUCUCUCUUCAUCACAAGCACUCACGCUAAAGAGAGAAAAUACACAACCUUACAAUCACUCAAUCAAUACAGAUAGUGAAC